CACAUCGGGGGCAGGGGGGGACAGCAGCAGCAGCACAUAGGGGGCAGGAUGCUGGGCCCCACUGCCGUGGUGCGCAGCGGGGGGCUGCUCUCGGGGGCCCGCCUGGGCUGCCGGGUGCGGGAGGAGGAUGUGGGGCGGCACGAGAGCUUCAGCGCUGAAUGGUUCGACCUGGAGCUCAGCACCCGGCCUGAGGAGGGGUGGUGCCGUCGGGAGGUGGACGAGCAGCGCCGGGAGACGCUGGAGCAUCGCGGGGAGGUGCGGGUGCUGGAGCAGCGCUCGCCAUGGGGCGUGCUGCGGGUGGGCUGCGUGGGGCAGCCCCUGAGCCAGCACCUCCUGCCCUAUGCCCGCACCCUGCCCCUGCCCCUCUUCGCCCCCCCGGACCUCCGAGGAGCCAAGAGCGGGGUCCCCCGCACCUUGUCCCGUUCCCUGUCCCAAGAGGCCCAGAGGGGCUGAGGGUGGCAACGGGGAUAGAUGGGAUCUGGGGCGGGGUGGGGGGGGUGAGGAUGAGGAUGGAGAUGAAGGGGGGG